CUCCCCGCCUUCAAUUUUUGAACCCCCGAUCCCCACAGCCCCGCAGCCCGCACACAAUCACACUCUUCCACUCCCACGGGGCUCUCGCCUCGGCGCGGCCCCUGCGCGCCGAAUGGACGCCGCCGCCCCCCUCCUCGCUGUCUCCUCCGCGACGCGCCUCCUCUGCCGGACUCUCGGCCCCGUCCCCGCCGCCUCCCCCUCGAAGGUCGACGAGGCGCUCCCCGACGCCAUCUCCGGACCGCUGAAAGGAUCCAAGGAGCUGGUCGAGCAGGCUAGAAUGGUGAUGAAGGAGCACGGCGACAUCCGGAUGCUCUAUCAGGAUGGUGGAGCCAAAGCCAUGGCCGCCGCAAACUGCAAGAACCAACCGGGAAGAAGGCCAGCACUGGACCGCAAACCGUCUUGGUUCACAAUCAAGCCCUUUGCAAGCAAACCGGUGCCUGCUGUGGAUCGCUCUGUCUUACAGAACAUUUCAAAUCCUGAGGAAUAUUUCACGACCUUGGAUCGGCUUGAUGAAGCUGAGGAGGAGAUAAAACGAUUAAAAGGAGAGUCUGCAACUGAAAAGACAUAUAAUUUUGAGCCUGUAGAUGAACCCAAGAGGCGGAGAAAAACAGUCCAUACUUUCAAGUUUCGUGCGGGUCCUGAAACCCUGAAUCCCAUUGAGAUACCUGCUUCUCAAACAGAAACUAUGACAAAAUCUCAGUUAUCACAAGAUGAUGCACAUGCCUCAGUUUCUGAAAUAAAUGAACAGCCUGUUCCUUCAAGAUCUAUUGAGUGUGCUAUUUUGGAUGUCUCAGCGAAAGAAGAUUCAUUCGCUGAGGAUGAUGAUGGUGAUGCUUUGACUUAUUUACUGACAUCAUUCCGAAAUUUGGAUGAAUCCAAAGAGGAAAAUUUUAUGCGAGAGACCUUUGGGCUUCCAGAAGUAAGAAUGGAUUUUUCUUGCCCUCGUGACCCAACUGUUCCUGGAAAUAGGCCCCAAAGAAGCAAUACUGUACGAAAAAAACCAAAGAGGGUUCGUACUUCAGAACCUGGAGAGCGCGAAGCUCGAAUUUCAGAGUUGGAGAAACGUAUCUCUUUCAUAUAUGCAACAAAGGAUAAAUGCGCAGAUCUUUUGGAAGAUGAUGAGUCAGAAGGUUCACCAGAUAUUGUGAUGGGUGAACAAUCGCUGGUGCUCGAUUCUUCUGAUGUGGUUUUGAUGACUGAUGAGACCUUUGCUGCAAGGGAAAUAUAUAAGGAGACCCCCAAUCCGAGCAUCAAAUCAGCGGAAUAUGAUCUUGAUCCAGAACCAAAAACGGCGAAUCGUGUCACAAUAGAUGAAAGGCAAGUAGGGGGUUCCCCGCUUGGUUUGUACCGAGAUAUACAAGUUGACAAAGAAAAGGAUCCAUGUAGUAGGCACAAUAUUUCUUUUGAGUUUGCACUGCAGGAAGACGAUGUGCCUAUGGACUAUCCAACUAUUGAUAAGCCUAAUAAUGAAACAGAAGUUUCUUCUCAUCAUUUGGCGGGCGGCUCAGCGGAAGUGUUGGUCAGUACACCAGGUAGAAAUGUGGCUCCAGAUAAUAUUGCUAGGACGUCACAUGCAGCUGAGGAGAACAAUCAACAUCGGGAAGUGGUCGAAGAGUAUGGCGCUGUACAAGAUAAGUCAUGCCAUCCACCAGAGAUGCCUCUGGAUGAUAAUGAUCCACAUAAUCAAUCUCAAGUGUAUGAUGGAAACAUUAAGAAACUGGCAGCUGAUCUACAAAAUGCACUGUUCCCUACCAAAGAGAAGAAGCAAAAAGCAGCUCAAAAAGGGAAAAAGAAGCAACAGCCGAAGAGGGGGGAAAAUGUGGCAGAUGAGGCCAGCCAUCCACCCGAAACACUCCAAGUAAAUUUUGAUUCAGAGAAUCAACCUCACAUGCAUGAUGUAAACAUUGAGCAACAGACAGUUGGUAUGAGAAAUGCACUGCCGCCAAACAAAGCUAAGGGGCAAAAGGAAGCUCAAAGGAGAAACACGACUCAACAAUUGAAUCGAAGAAAAAGCCUUGCAGAUGCUGGCCUUGCGUGGCAGUCUGGAGUCAGAAGAAGCACAAGAAUACGGUCAAGGCCUUUGGAGUAUUGGCUUGGUGAAAGAUUCGUAUAUGGGCGCAUACACGACACUAUGGCCACAGUUAUUGGCAUCAAAGCAUACUCUCCUAGUCAAGAUGGCAAGAAAGCUUUGAAAGUGAAAUCUUUCGUUCCUGAGCAGUAUAAAGAUCUUGUUGCCGAGUCUGGGAAGUACUGAGGUUUCUGUCCUGUAGAACUCAAUGCCUUGUCUCGGGCAGAUCACUAUUUCGCUAAGAGGAUCACCAACUUGCGACCUUUGCAACCUGUUGCUUCUCUUGCCGUUUCAUCUGACUUUGUGCAAGUGUUGUGUUGGUGGAGCUGCACAAUGUAAUCCAAGCAUGAUGUGAACUUGUAAGGUGCAAAAAAAGACGUAGUUCAGAGGCGCUAUUUCCACUUUGACGCUUCUAUAGCUGGAGUUACGCUGUGAAAUGUGCCAUUUUGCAUGCGUAGCUGCUGUGUAUUUUCCAGCGGUUAAUUUUGCAUGGUGCUCGUUGCAUUGUAAGGUCUCGCAUCUAUAUUUAACAGUGCCACAGUAAAGUUUUUGUUCCUAA